UUAGGCUUUUUGGGAAGCUUCUGGUCGGCAUCGUCGUGGCCGUGUGAGGCGGGGAUCGGAACGGAGAAGGGCGCCGGCGGCAUCAGUAAGUGGUUGAUUGAGUUGGUUCUUGUUGGGAUCCGGAAAGUUGUGUGUUUUGUUUCGAUUUGAGGGUGUGGGAUCUCGUCUUAGGGGAUAUGGGGGCGACUACUGGAAUUCUUAAAGUGAUAAUUGUUCGUGGGAAGAGGCUUGCAAUUCGAGAUUUUACAAGCAGUGAUCCUUAUGUCAUUGUCCGAGUUGAGAAUCAGAGUGCCAAGACAAGGGUCAUUAACAGUUGCCUCAAUCCCACCUGGAAUGAAGAGUUCACUUUCUCCACAGUAGACGCCCUGGGUGUCCUCAAACUAGAGGUGUUUGAUUGGGAUCGGUUCAAACACGAUGACAAGAUGGGGAAUGCCUUUGUCAACCUCCAACCGAUAGCAUCAGCUUCCAAACUAAAACGCGCGCUGAAGCUCUCCACCGGUGAGACUAAGCUACGGAAGGUAGCGCCUGACGUUGAUAACUGCCUUAUGGAGGACAGCUAUGUGAGGUUCGUCGACGGUGAGAUCAUACAGGAUGUUCGCCUGAGGCUGUGCGAUGUUGAGUCUGGUGAACUGUAUCUGACGAUCAAGUGGAUUGAUCAUACAACUAACAGUAGCACCCUGGAGACUGCACAAAGCCUGUAAAAUUAAAUAAAAAAUAAUAAUAAUAAAUUUCUCUACUUUUCGGUGUGUUUUCUGACAUAGAAGGGGAAAUAUCAGAUGUGAAUAUUAACUAUUAUCUUUUAUAGUUUUUGUUAACGGGUGGCUGUAACUUUUGUAAAAUGUUCAAAUGUUUACCUUUGGCUGUUGUCAUUUUACAGUGUUCUGUUCCUUGUCUCUCAGUCUUUGUACUGGGA